AUGGAGGACCUAAACAACAGUAGAGAUCAGAAAUGGAUCAAGCAUUACAGCAGCUCCCACACCAUACUCCUCGUCGGAGAAGGCGACUUCUCCUUCUCGACGUGCUUAGCCACAACCUUCGGGUCUGCCGCUAACAUGGUUGCCACUUCUCUGGACUCGAAAGAGUCCCUACUGAGCAAGUACACUCACGUCGCCACAAACUUGAAAGAGUUGGAGGAGCUCGGCUGCACGGUUGCGCACGACGUGGACGCGACAUCGAUGAGCCAACACCCACUUCUCCGACACAAGUCAUUCGACCGCGUCGUCUUCAACUUCCCCCAUGCUGGAUUUCAUUUCAAAGAAAGUGACAUUAGACAAAUAGAACUCCAUCGACAUCUAGUUCGAGGGUUUUUGAGGAACGCGAAGGAAUUUUUGGGCGAAGAGGGUGAAAUUCACAUCACCCACAAGACUGCACAUCCUUUCAGCAGAUGGGAGAUUGUGGAACUGGCUCGAGAGGAGGGGCUGCUUCUGAAAGAGGAACCAAAUUUUUUUCUAUGGGAAUAUCCAAAUUAUGAGAAUAAGAGAGGCGAUGGGUGGAACAGCGACGGCACUUUCCCAGUAGGAGCUUGCAGAACUUUCAAGUUUGCAAUUACGGAUGAUGAUCAAUCGGACUCCUCGUUUGAGGCACUGAUUCAAUCCCUUUGUCUUACGGAAGACAUUAUAGAUGACCACUCUCUAAAUUAUUUAUAA